AUUCACCAACUCAAAGUACUAGUUCUUAACAUGAGAUUAGCUAAUUACAAACUUGUUUUUGGAUUAAAUAGCUCCUCACUUGUUAGGCUGUCAGAAACAAGUAGUUCCGAUGAUUCAAUGUUAGAUUGUCUUGAAUAACAAGUAGUUUCAAAUAUUGUUGUGGGUUGCUUCCACUAAACGUCCUACUCUGCUUGCUUGUGAUGGUAGUGGCAAAGUUGGAAGGCUUUUAUCAUCUGGCAAUUGUUGUGUUGAAGGUGCUUCACCUUUUGGCUUAGAAACUUGUGACUUUUCUCUAAGCUUCUCCAUGGCCUUUUUCUUGUUCUCAAGUUUCCUUACACGAGCUUCAACUGGUUCUGUGAAGAGGAGGGCAAAACCAACAAGAGAUUUAGUGGCUGCAUACUGCAUUAUAUCUCUCCGUGACACAGUAACGGUUUUUGGUGCUUGUAGUAUUUGCACUUGCUCACUCUUCACCUGCAAAAGAUGCAGAAAAAUGUGUUUCAGAAAAUGCUUCCACAGAACAAAUUUGAAUCCUAGGUACAUUAUUUCAGUCAGAUGAAACAGUUUCUUUUUUCUGCACACAAUUUGAGGGGAAAUCAAAAGAACUGCAAUACAGCCUGCAUAAGCUCAGAAAAUAUAUCAGAACACCAAGGAAUAGUGGUCCUGAACUAAUAGACCCUAUAAAGGCUCACACUGAAUGAGUUUCACAACUGGUGCAACAUCUUCUAUGGCAUCAAAUUCUUAAUAAUGCGGCUGCCAAAUAUAAAUUAUGAUUAAACUGUAAUAACUAAUGGUAACUAGUAAGGACACAUUUUAAGAAAUCUGGUGAUAACUUAGUCGUCAAUAUCAUCAAAAUAUCUUCAUAGAAAACAGAUGUAUCUUAAUUUCAACCAGCAUUGUAAUAUAAGAUUGAACGUUACACGCAAGAAAUUUUAGAUUAACUUAUUUUAUUUACUUCCCUAAGUUUUGAGUCUUGACAAAUCACUCUGUAGAUUGGAGACCUUACCUCCACCCAAGGAAUUCAUUGAGCAUGAAGUAACCUGCCAAGGUAACUGGCCAAUAGAGACGGUUCAACAGCAUAUCAAUAGGAUAUUUCAGUCCAAGAAGAAAUGAGCUUGAUUCGUCUAGAUUCCAUCCAGAAUUAUAAUCACGAUCUAUAUCGAAUAAUGUCUCUAUCUAAGUACUACUAUGAUAACACCAUGCUUGUACAAAGUACUCAUUGUUUUGAUUAAGACAGUGAAUUAGACCACUUUCUUGUUUCACUUUUCAGCUAUGGAGUUUGAUAGGGACAAAGUUCCUGAAACAAAUCAUUGGAUUCAAGAUCCUGUAGUUUGAUAAAUUCAGAAUAAACUGUGGUAUUUCCAACUUCAUAGAGUGAAAAAUGACUGCAAUAUCAAACAGGGCCAAGCCAGAGUAUCUGUGCUAACUUUGACAUAAUUUAGGCAUUUUAAAAUUGAAAAGGGAAGUUAAUAAGCAAAACAAGUGUUUGUAACCUUACCUUAUCAUACUAUUAUGAGAACUUCCAAGCUGUUUUUUCAACAAAAAGUAAUAGGUUAA